UCUCCGAAAACUCAUCUCUCUUAUCAACAAUCUUUUCUCUCUUAUCAUAUAAAAAUAACUCGUACAAUGAAGUACAAUAUUUUUGUACUUCUCUUAAUUUCCUUAACCUCGUCUAUGGCCAUGGCAGCCUCACGAUACAAUAUAGUUAGUUAUGGCGCCAAACCUGGUGGCCGAACAGAUUCAAGCAAGGCCUUGCUUGCUGCUUGGACACAAGCAUGUGCCUCCAGAGAAGCAGCCACCCUUUAUGUUCCAAAAGGGAAAUUUGCUGUAAGCAAGACAGUGUCAUUUGACGGUCCUUGCAAGAACAACGCUAUUGUUUUUCAGAUAAAUGGUACUCUUUCGGCUCCUUCAGAUUAUAAUGUGAUUGGUAAUUCAGAGGAAUGGAUAAUAUUUAGACAUGUUAAAGGGGUUACAGUUUCUGGUGGUAUUCUUGAUGGACAAGGCUCUGGAUUGUGGUCUUGCAAGAACUCCGGCAAGAGUUGCCCUACCGGUGCAACGUCACUUAAAUUUGCAAAUUCAAACAACAUUAUAAUCACGGGAUUAACAUCUAUAAACAGCCAAAUGUUUCACAUUGUCAUCAACGAAUGCCAAGACGUCACAGUGCAAGGUGCGAAAAUCUCAGCACUCGAAGAGAGCCCUAACACCGAUGGAAUUCACAUCGGAGGGUCGACCAAAGUCAACAUUUUCGAUUCUAAUAUUGGAACAGGGGAUGACUGUGUAUCAGUUGGGCCUGGCUCCUCUAAUUUAUGGAUCCAAAAAGUUAUAUGUGGACCUGGACAUGGAAUUAGCAUUGGAAGUUUGGGAAAGGACGUUCAGGAAAAGGGAGUGAGAAAUGUUACCGUUACGAAUUGUACAUUCACUGGCACUAAAAAUGGCGUUCGAAUCAAGACUUGGGGGAGACCUAGCAAUAGUUUUGCUACAGACAUUCAUUUCCAACAUGCUAUCAUCAACAAUGUUAAAAAUCCGAUUAUAAUUGACCAAAAUUACUGCGAUGGCAAUAACAAUUGCCCAAGGCAGGCUUCUGGAGUAAAAAUUAGUGAUGUGACCUACAAAAAUAUCCAUGGAUCAUCAGCAACAGAAGUUGCAGUUAAAUUGACUGCAGUAAAACGCACCCAUGUUGACUGCAGUAAAACGCACCCAUGCAGUGCGAUUAAAUUACAAGAUAUAGAGCUCACGUAUCAUAACCAACCAACUAAAGCAACGUGUACCAAUGCUGAUGGAAUUGCUUUAGGCAUUCUUCAACCCACGAGCUGCCUUUAAGGGAGAGAAGUAGCACCAUUCUUGUAUUAGGUUGAUUAAGAAUAACACUAUAGAUAUUUAAGUCAUGGAGAAAAUAUCUAUAUACAUCCAUUUAGUUGAGGAAGAGAAUGUUAGGUGACC